AUGUUGUCUUUAAUUCGGGCUCUGGCUUUCACGCCGCUGCUUGUGAAAGCACUUGAUGGACCUCAAAGCAAUCCAACCACUAGCCGCACCUGGGAAGAGUCUUCCGUGCAGGCAGAUGCCUUCAUUGCAAGGCUAAACUUAACGGAGAAAGUGACUCUUCUCAUGGGACACCAGACGGGGCCAUGUGUAGGGAAUAUUCAAAGCCUGCCUUCACAAAACUUUUCCGGUCUUUGCUUGCAAGAUGGGCCACUGUCUGACCGCUCUACGGACUUGGCAAGCGUAUUUCCAGCUGGCCUCACUGCUGCUGCAACCUGGGAUAAAGACUUGAUCUAUCAGCGAGCAUUGGCGCUUGGAUAUGAAUUCCGCGGCAAAGGAUCCCAUGUCUUUUUAGGACCGGUAGCUGGGCCACUUGGUCGUCACCCUCUAGGCGGCCGUAAUUGGGAAGGGUUCUCUACAGAUCCAUAUCUCACCGGAGUGGCCAUGGCUGCUUCUGUCCGCGGAGUUCAAGAAGCCGGAGUCCAGGCCUGCGCAAAACACUUCAUCGGCAACGAGCAAGAGACAGCGCGAACAACAAUCUCUUCCAACAUCGACGAUCGCACGAUGCAUGAGCUCUACCUUUGGCCUUUUGCCGAUGCAGUGAAAGCCAACGUGGCUUCAAUCAUGUGCAGCUACAACCGGUUAAACCAGACGUACACAUGCGAACACCCGGAACUCCUCAACGGGCUGCUCAAGCAAGAACUUGGUUUUAAAGGCUACGUUGUUACGGACUGGGCUGCGAAACACGUCACAGUACGAUCAAUUGAAGCCGGGUUAGACAUGACAAUGCCUGGAGGGGAUCUAAGCGAUCUAAACGUUCCCAGCACCAACACUGGUACAUCAUUCGGUCAAGAUCUACUGCGUGCUGUCCAGAAUGGCACAAUAGCGGAAACCAAAGUCGAUGAGAUGGCUCGUCGUGUGCUGGCACCUUACUUCUAUCUCGGCCAGAACGAAGACUUCCCCUCCGUCGAUCCAUCGAAUGCCUACGUGCUGGGAACAAUAAACGCGCGACUACAGGCGGCUAUCUCCGAGUAUGGACCAGACAUUCCUCUGGCACGUGACGUCAGAGAUGACCAUGCAAAGCUCAUCCGCGAAAUUGGAGCGGCAGGCACUGUUCUAUUGAAGAACACAAACAACACUCUUCCGCUGAGCCAGCCAGCGAAUAUUGGCGUUUUUGGAAACGAUGCUGCAGAUGUUUCUGAAGGUCUCUACCAAUCAAACAGUGGCGAGUUCGGCGCAGACAUCGGUACACUGUCCGUCGGUGGAGGAUCUGGGACAGGGAAGCUCACAUACGUCAUCUCUCCUCUAUCAGCGAUUCGAGCGCGCGCUCAAGAGACAGGCGCACGAGUCCAGUACUUGCUCGACAACGAAGUGAUUGCCUCCGAAAAUCUGAGAUCUAUCUUUCCACCACCUGAUGUCUGUUUGGUUUUCCUCAAGACCUUCGCAUCCGAAGCUGUCGACCGGAGAUUCUUCGAAAACGAUUGGAAUUCGACCGUCGUUGUAGAGACAGUGGCACAGAACUGCCCCAACACUGUCGUUGUUACCCACUCGGCUGGUGUAAACACCAUGCCCUGGGCGCAUAACCCCAACGUCACUGCCAUACUGGCUGCUCACUUCCCUGGGCAAGAGAGCGGAAACUCAAUUGUCGAUGUCUUGUUUGGCGACGUGAACCCUUCUGGUCGCCUUCCAUACACUAUCCCAGAGAGUGAAGAGGACUACGACCUCCCGACUGUUAACAUCACCGCUGACACCCAAGAGACGGAUCUUUCAGCUUGGCAAGCCGACUUCACAGAGGGCUUAUUGAUCGACUACCGCCAUUUCGAUUCGAAGAACAUCACUCCUCUGUACGAAUUCGGGUAUGGAUUGAGCUACACAACAUUCAGCUUUUCUGCUCCUCUCGAGGUGACGAGCAAAGCGAGUGGUCUCUCUGCAUUCCCUUCUUCCUCAAGGAACUCCUCAAGCAACGUCAGCUCAGGAGGCAACCCCGAUCUUUGGAAAGAAGUGCUUGUUCUUCACACAAGCGUCAGCAACGAUGGCGAUGUCGCUGGAGCGCAAGCCGUGCAGCUUUACGUCGCUCUUCCUGAAGAUACUGCGCCUCCUAAUACCCCUAUGAGAGCGCUUCGUGGGUUCGAAAAAGUUACCCUUGAGCCCGGAGAGUCAAAAGAUGUGGAGUUUGUGUUGCUUCGUCGGGAUCUCAGUUUUUGGGAUGUCGCUGCUCAGGACUGGCAGAUUCCUCAAGGGGAGUUCACGUUUUCUGCUGGUUUCAGUUCAAGGGACCUGAAAGAGAGUUUCCUCGAUCAUAUUCUAUGA